CUAGAGCUCUUGCAAGAAAAAUGGCUAACGAAGCUAAUUUAGAGAGGGGAGGUCUUGAAAAUUGUGUUGACAAUAUGGAAAAUACUUUGAAGGAAUUGAUGGCUUCCUUCCAAUCUCGUCAAGCAACCAUAGUCACAAGGGCACCUUUAGUGACAAAUCCUUUGUUUGAAGAAAAUGUUCUAGUGGUGAAUUUCCCAAUGGCCAUAUCUACUUUAACUCUUGGGAAGGAGCCUACGUCAUCUUGCCCGCCAAAUCCAACUAUUGGUGGAACUUCUGGGACAAAGCCAUUUGAUCUAAAUGCUGGUGUUGCUACAGUUCAGUCUAAUGAUCAAGAAAAGACUCAAGUUGUCAAGUCAAUCACAGAGGAUGAAGACAAGACAAUUAAAACGAAGGUGCAGUUGAUGGAGGAAACACUAAAAUCAAUGCAAGGUGUCCAAACCAAUAAACCGGUUGACAUCUCAUCUUUGUGCUUUUUCCCAAACAUUCAACUGCCCCAUAAGUUUAAAUUGCCUGAGUUUGAUAAGUACAAUGGCACCAGUUGUCCUUAUGCUCACUUGACAAUGUACUAUAGGAAGAUGGCUCCUUAUGCCAAUGAUGAGAAGCUAAUGAUACAUUAUUUUCAAGACAGUCUGACCAGUCUUGUAGAUGCUUGGUUCUCAACUUUAGACAAGAGUAAAUUCGUUGUUGUGGGAGAACAAGUGGAGGAUGGAAUCAAGUCUGGAAUUAUCAUUGAUUAUCAAGCAAUGAAGAGUCUCCUUGAACAAUACCAAAAUGAUAGUUCAGGGGUUUCUAGUUCAAAGAAAGUGGGCCAGAAUCAAAAGAAGGAGAAUGAGAAUGGCAAUAUAAGCUCAGUUUAUGAGGCAUAUGGAAGAAAUAAUCAGUCACCUGGGUUUAUUACCCUUGUAACUAUGGUGCCAUUAAAUCCACCAUUUCCAAUAUGGUAUAACCCACAAGCAAGAUGUGAAUACCAUAGUGGAGGUGUUGGACCUGACCUUGAAAAUUGUCUUGCUUUAAAGCACCGUGUCCAACAUUUGAUAGAAGCAAAGGAGUUACAAAUUGCAUCAGAGCCUGAGGUUGUUGGUCCAAAUAUCACUAAAAACUCUUUACCCACACAUGAUGGUCCAACAGUUAAUAUGAUCGAGAAAGACUCCGAUAAAGGUCAUGAGGUGACUACGUCAACAAAUAAUGAUGGUUUGAGCACUUCUUUUGAGAAGUUGAGCAUAUGUGUCAUUGAUGAAGGAAAGGGUGAUGACAAGCUUAUUCUACCUACUCAUGGUGAAGCUUUAGACAACAAGACAGUAGAGAUUCUUCUUGUUCCUAUCAUUAAACCAUAAGAUGUGUCAAUCUUCUUGUGGUUGAACUUGUGACCAUGAGAAGAGAUGGUUAAAACAAGCCUUUUAUAUUUUAUGAAGCAUUGUAGGCAUGACAAAUAAUGCUCCAUUUAGUUCAUUUCAAUCAAUGAUGCUACUUUCA